AUGAAAAAUUAUCGUACAAAAGAGAAGCACAGAACAACAGCCCAAAGGAGGAACAGCCCAGAGGAGGAACAGCCCAAAGGAGGAACAGCCCAGAGGAGGAACAGCCCAAAGGAGGAACAGCCCAGAGGAGGAACAGCCCAGAGGAGGAACAGCCCAAAGGAGGAACAGCCCAAAGGAGGAACAGCCCAGAGGAGGAACAGCCCAGAGGAGGAACAGCCCAAAGGAGGAACAGCCCAGAGGAGGAACAGCCCAAAGGAGGAACAGCCCAAAGGAGGAACAGCCCAGAGGAGGAACAGCCCAGAGGAGGAACAGCCCAAAGGAGGAACAGCCCAGAGGAGGAACAGCCCAGAGGAGGAACAGCCCAAAGGAGGAACAGCCCAAAGGAGGAACAGCCCAGAGGAGGAACAGCCAGGAGGAACAGCCCAAAGGAGGAACAGCCCAGAGGAGGAACAGCCCAAAGGAGGAACAGCCCAAGGAGGAACAGCCCAAGAGACAGGAGGAGGAACAGCCCAGAGGAGGAACAACCCAGAGGAGGAACAGCCCAGAGGAGGAACAGCCCAGAGGAGGAACAGCCCAGAGGAGGAACAGCCCAGGAGGAGGAACAGCCCAGAGGAGGAACAGCCCAGAGGAGGAACAGCCCAAAGGAGGAACAGCCCAGAGGAGGAACAGCCCAGAGGAGGAACAGCCCAAAGGAGGAACAGCCCAAAGGAGGAACAGCCCAGAGGAGGAACAGCCCAAAGGAGGAACAGCCCAGAGGAGGAACAGCCCAGAGGAGGAACAGCCCAGAGGAGGAACAGCCCAGAGGAGGAACAGCCCAGAGGAGGAACAGCCCAGAGGAGGAACAGCCCAGAGGAGGAACAGCCCAUCUGA